AUGCCUACAAUGCAGGAUCCUAGCAUGAAUUAUAACUUGAGUGCUGUGCCCUGGGACCCUGGUGCCCUCCAGCCACCCUCGCUGAUGAACAGUGCUGUGAAGAUGGUGGCCAUAUCAGCGAUCGUGUGCAUGUCUCUCUUUGGCAAUGUGGUGGUGCUGCUGGUGUUCCAAAGAAAGCCACAUUUACUGCAUGUGGCCAAUCGCUUCGUGCUCAACCUACUACUGGCUGAUCUGCUACAAACAGUGCUCGUCAUGCCUUUUGUUAUUGCUGCUACCGUACCAGAGGUCUGGCCACUGGACACUCGUCUGUGUCAAGCCUUGGUGGUGCUCAUGCACCUUUUUGCUUUCACUGGGGUCAACACUAUUAUCGUCGUGUCAGUGGACCGCUACCUGGCCAUUAUUCACCCGUUGUCAUAUCCGACACGCAUGACACCUCACUUGGGCACUAACCUGAUUGCUCUUACAUGGCUGUUGAGCCUACUGCAGAGCACCCCACCUCUCUACGGCUGGGGAGCUAUCGAUUUCGACAGCCACCAUAAUGUCUGCACCAUGGUAUGGUCCUCCAGCCACUCGUACUCAGCACUGGUGGCCACUCUUUCCUUCUGGCUCCCUGUGGCCAUCAUGCUUGGCUGCUACUGGAUGGUGUUUAGGGCAGCCCGGAGGCAGAAUGCUUUAGUGCACCCUGUUCAAACCAACCACCCUCCAGACUCCAGUCCCCACAGGCAGCAGCAGCAGCAGCAUCUCCAACAAGAAGCCUCUUUCUCAGCCACGAAUACUGCCAGGAACAGGCACAGACGCUUCCACUACCACUGCAAGGCAGCAAGGGUGGUUUUCGUCAUCAUGGCCUCCUAUGUGCUCAGCAUGGGCCCGUACACUGUUUUGAACACCAUUUCCAUACGUUCUAGCACUGCUGUGCCACCAUGGCUGGCCUCACUGGCACUUGUCCUCUUUUUCCUGCAGUGCUGCCUGCACCCAUACAUCUAUGGCUACAUGCACCGCAGCGUACGCAAGGAGUUCUUGGCACUGCUCUGCGGCCCACGAUGUGGACAGACCCAUCCAGGCCGAGGUUCGGCCGUGGACAGCUGCUUCACGGUGACAGAUGGGCGCUCAGCACAGAUGCACAUCCCUAGCCACAUGACCCGUAUGUGUUCCCUCCAGACUUGGGAGGAAGGGACAUCAUCAUCCUCACCUACAGAGCGGAGGUCAAGAGAGAGCCACAAAGAGGCAUUUGUGAGCCUGAGCUCAGAGAGGGAGCUUACUCUGCAUUGCACUGAGUGA